AACAGUCUGUAUUGAUCUGGCCUAUGCUAUAUAUAUAUUUAUAUAUGCUAAAGACUCCAUCUGUUCACACCCUUUAACACUCCACUUAUUAGGAUGUUGUUGCUGUGUGACUGAUUGGCCAAAUACAGCUUGAGUCAAGGUUUCGGGCUAUUUUGUGCAAUAAUAGGAACAGGAAUGUGUGUGUAUGUGUGUGUGUGUGUAUGAGCAGCUGUUAUUAAUGCAUGUCAAUGGCAGGGUGAACAUUGUAAUGGAUGAGGAUGCCUUGGCAGUCCCCAGUGAGAGUUUGGUGUAUAAAACCACCAUGCUCCUGCCCACAUCAGCUACUCCUGCUUUGAGCUGCAUGUAUGCCAGGGACAGUAAACAGGGAACAAGAAAGAAAAAAAACAUAUUACUGUUGCAUCAAGAGGUGAUGGUCUUGAUGCAGUAGAAAUUGUUCAAAGCUUGGAGUGACUUUAAAAAAAAUCAUUUUCAGAAUCUCUGUCAAAUUAUGGACAUUCCUCAGAUAUCUUGGAACUAUCAACUAUCCGUCCACUGCUGUCCCACGGAGGGUUCCUACCCCAGGACUAAGGCCUCCCAGGUCUGCGGGAUAAGCGUCCAGCUGGAGAUGCUUGAACUUUGGCAACAAUUUAACCAGCUUUGUACAGAAAUGAUUGUUACCAAAGCUGGAAGAAGGAUGUUUCCAACAUUUCAAGUUCAAAUAUCUGGAAUGGAUCCUACUGCUGAAUAUAUUUUGCUAAUGGACUUCAUCCCUGUGGACGAUAAGAGAUACAGAUAUGCCUUCCACAGCUCAUCCUGGUUGGUGGCAGGGCAGGCAGACAUCGCAGCCCCCAGCAGGAUGCAUUUCCACCCAGACUCUCCAGCCUCAGGGUCACAGUGGAUGAAACAGACAGUGUCGUUUGACACUCUAAAACUCACGAAUAACUUGCUUGAUGACAACGGACAUAUUAUAUUAAAUUCCAUGCAUCGUUACCAGCCACGCUUCCAUGUGGUGUACGUCGAUCCGACACCCAACAGCCACUUGAAUGCACAGAGAAACUUUGUUUCUUUUUCCUUUCCAGAGACACGCUUCAUUGCUGUCACUGCUUAUCAAAACCAUCGGAUUACCCAGCUAAAAAUAGCUAGCAACCCAUUUGCAAAAGGCUUCAGGACUUCAGACUCCAAGAACUGGAGGUUAUCAACGUGGUGUCCACCAGAAGACAGAACAGAGGCCUUUUCUCUGAAGCUUGGCAAAAAAAAGAACAAAGCGCUCCAGCAGUAAGCCUCUGUGAUCCAGUGAAAUACUGCCAGAUGAUUUAACAACAUGUAUGUUGGCGAUGGAUGCAAUCAUAGGGAACUAAAAUGGGAAGGAAGUGAAAAUCAACUGGACCCUGUUGUUGUAGAGCACCGAUUCGCUCACAGUAGAAAUGUCACAGUGCUUGUGUGUUUUUUGUCCCAGAAACAUGGGGCAAGUUUACCUGAUUGAAACAAAUUCUGUUGUGAGUGAACCAGGUUGAAGUUCUCUAUAACCAGGAGUGAUUUGUAACAUGCCACUGAGGAUUCAUUAACAAUACCGUCCUGUCAAUCUGUGUAGAACAUAUCUGGAAUCAUACAGAAGGUAAACAUGCUUUAAAACAUGAUAAGAUAUGUGAUGUGGGUCACUGAAUGUAACUGAUUAAAAAACAUGACGUCCUGCAUCUUAAAAUAAAUUCUACAAUAAAACUAUUUUGGCUGUU